AUGAUAUGCCAUACUCUACGAGCACACGUAUCCAUCGAUUACGAGAUCCAUCAUCCUAUCUCCACAGCCCGUUGGAUAUCUACAGAUCAAUCGCCAACGGAUAAUUGCUCGCUUCUACAUAUUGCGUUCGGCCAUGGACUGUAUCAGCCAACCAUCUGUAUCAUCAAAAUCGAGUUGCAGCCCAGCUUUGUGGCUUUCGUGGAGGAUGGAUUGAAGUCUGGCUGGUCUUCCACUGUUCGGCAUCCCAUUGGCUACAAACCAGAGUUUGACGGAUUGAAGCGUGAGACCGUCGCCUCCAUCCAUUUCUUACUUCUUCUUGUCAACUACUUCUUGCAGGAAAUUCAAAAGGUAGUUGGUGAGUCGCACUCGCUUGACUUCGAGAUGCUUGAGUAGAGGUGGGAAUUCCCUCAGAGAUAGAUGGGCGCUACAAUCUUCCGGCAUCCUAAGUCCAGGAAUUGAUAUCAAACCGUCCAUAUGCAGCGUCAGUCGCCUCAGAGCCCUGAAUGAAGCCAUACUUUGCACACGGCGCAAGCUUUGUUCUGCUGUUGGGUUGUUUCCGCGAGCACGUCUCCAAGUAUUCGCUGUUGCUGGCAGACUCAAGCUCUCUAGGUUGAGUGCAACCCUACCAAGGACGAAAGCCGGAUAACUACGACUCCAAUGCCUAGGUUUAUUUAAUUCAACAAGCGUAGUCAACAUUGUGACCCGCAAUUCACCUAAUAAUGGCUGUAUAAAAGGCAAGUCGUUCAGACUGCAGCAGUUCAGCUUCAGAGUGUGUGAUUUUUGGAGCAUGAC